GUCUGGGAUAAAAGUGAAAGCGGAGAUUGGCAUUGUACUGCUAGUUGGAAGACACAUAGUGGAUCUGUAUGGCGUGUGACAUGGGCUCAUCCUGAAUUCGGACAAGUUUUGGCUUCCUGUUCUUUUGACCGAACAGCAGCUGUUUGGGAAGAAAUAGUAGGAGAAUCAAAUGAUAAACUCCGAGGACAGAGUCACUGGGUGAAGAGGACAACUCUAGUGGAUAGUAGAACAUCUGUUACUGAUGUGAAAUUUGCUCCCAAACAUAUGGGUCUGAUGUUAGCAACCUGUUCAGCAGAUGGUAUAGUAAGAAUAUAUGAGGCCCCAGAUGUUAUGAAUCUCAGCCAGUGGUCUCUACAGCACGAGAUCUCAUGUAAGCUGAGCUGUAGCUGUAUUUCUUGGAACCCUUCCAGCUCUCGUGCUCACUCCCCCAUGAUCGCCGUGGGAAGUGAUGACAGCAGUCCAAACGCAAUGGCCAAGGUUCAGAUUUUUGAGUACAAUGAAAACACCAGGAAAUACGCAAAAGCAGAAACUCUUAUGACAGUCACAGAUCCUGUUCAUGAUAUUGCCUUUGCUCCAAAUUUGGGGAGAUCUUUCCACAUCCUGGCAAUAGCCACCAAAGAUGUAAGAAUUUUCACAUUAAAACCUGUGAGGAAAGAACUUACUUCUUCUGGUGGUCCCACAAAAUUUGAAAUCCAUAUCGUGGCUCAGUUUGAUAAUCACAACUCUCAGGUCUGGAGGGUGAGUUGGAACAUAACAGGAACAGUGCUAGCAUCCUCAGGAGAUGACGGCUGCGUGAGGUUGUGGAAAGCUAAUUACAUGGACAAUUGGAAGUGUACUGGAAUUUUGAAAGGUAACGGGAGCCCAGUAAAUGGGACUUCUCAGCUGGGAAACUCAAAUCCUUCACUAAGUUCAAAUACUCCAAAUCUUCAAAACUCAUUACAUGGAUCUUCUGCUGGCAGAAAGCACAGCUGAGUACAAGCUAGCUGGAGUAACUUUGCUGUUUUGCUGCUUGUUGCAUGCACACAGGAAUGGAACUCGAACUCCUUUUCCCCUUCCCCAGCGCCGUUUGAUCUCUCCCAAGAUGCACCAGCAGCCUGCUCACUACUAAACACAGUCCAAAAGGCCUUUAAAAUUACAGUGUAUAUAAUUUUUUGUACUAGUCAGUUUAUUGACACUAUAAAUGGAAAGGCUUUUUGUUGAGACAUCAUCACCAAAACAAUUUUUUGAAAUGUUCUGGAGACUAACUUGGGUUUAAAAACUGAAGAGAUUGCUACUAUCCUCAUAAACUGUUGGGAGGAGGGAAAAUACAGUUUUAUUCUAAUUUGGAGAAUAUAAGGAUAUGUCUUUUAUUUUCUAAAACAAGCUAAAAUGAUGAGUUUUUAUAAUUUGAAAAUCAAAUAAAUAUUUUUCAUAAAGAU